AUGGCGGGAGGUUUCUAUAGCUCCGUUAUCGGCUUCUGCUUGUUUCCCCGCAAUAGUCUCCAUUUUUACGUACAUUCAUCUUACAGUCUUCAUUGGCUCUCUAAGGUUCCCCAAGGACUUGAGAAGAAUACCUCGAGUGUGUACAUAACAACUUCAAGCCUUCCUAGUGCAUACGAGGCUUACUUGAAUCAAUUUCAAAGAGACUUUGGAACAUUUCUAAGAAUGCGUUCUGAAGAGAUGGUUUGUAAUGGACGCAUGGUUCUCACUUUCAUUGGUAGAAACACUCUUGAUGAUCCACUCUAUAGAGAUUGUUGUCACUUUUGGACACUGCUAUCUGAAUCUAUGCGCGACCUAGUCUUUGAGGAUAUUGUGAGUGCAUCAAAGGUUGAGUCAUUCAACAUGCCGUUUUAUGAUCUAAGCAAAGAAGAAGUGAAUGAGGUGAUUCAAAACGAAGGCUCCUUUGAGAUCAAUGACUUGGAAAUUCAUGGAUUUGAUCUCGGCCAGAGUAGUAGUAACCACGAGGAAUGUAAAGCAGGGGAAAAGGAAGCCAAAUGUAUCAGAGCGGUGAGUGAAUCGAUGCUUGCAGCGCACUUCGGGGAUGAUAUUAUUGACGCAUUGUUUAACAAGUAUGCAUACCAUGCGUCCUAACUUGCUGGCUGCACUAGCAAAACGACAGUUACUCUUGUCGUUUCCUUGAUUAGAAAAUAAUAAUUUCAUUAUAUAUUGCCCUUGUAAUUUGGUCCCAUCAACAUCUUUUUCGUCUCUCACUCCUAUCAGAUGAGAAUCUAUACUAUACUAUUAUUUACGAAGUAAAUUUUUGCAACAAAGCUCUCACGUUAAAAGUUAGAGCAGUUAAUAUCAUUUAUACCCUUAAUGAAUAAUUAUAUAAAUUAGUCAAAUAAAAACGAAUUUCAAAUCUAUCUUACUAAAUAAAUAAUUAAAAUUAAUAAUAAAUCGUUUAUACCUUUAAUAAAUAAAUUAUAUAAAUUAGU